AUGAGACUGUCGACGAUAGCAACGGGCGUGAUUGCUUGCCUGGCUACCGAUGUUACCGCCACCGCUCUGACCUACAGGCUCGGCGCCAACGAGAAGGCCUGCUUCUAUGCCGAGACCAAAAAGGACAACGAGAAGGUUGCGUUCUAUUUUGCGGUCCAAUCGGGCGGUUCGUUCGACGUCGAUUACCUCGUUGAAGGUCCCAACGGCAAAGUCGUGUUGCAAGGCGAAAGGGAGCGCCAGGGUGAUUUCGUCUUCACGGCCCAGCACGCGGGAGAAUAUUCCUUCUGCUUUGACAAUGACAUGAGCACCUUUGCUGGGAAACAUGUCGAUUUCGACAUUUCGGUCGAGGACGAACUGCGAACUGCGCAGCUGCCUUCCAAGCAGGGCACCUCUCCGGAGCAGAUGUCGUCUCUGGAGGAUUCCAUCAUGAAGAUCUCCAGCCUGUUUUCCACCGUUUCGCGGAAUCAAAAAUACUUUCGAACCCGAGAGAACCGAAACUUCUCUACUGUUCAUAGCACGGAGAAGCGAAUCGUCAACUUUAGCAUGAUUCAGAUUGGUUUGAUCAUCUGUAUGGGUGCUCUGCAGGUGUUUGUCGUCAGGUUUUUCUUCCAGGGCGCACGCAAGGGCUAUGUCUAG